AUGCACACUCUCUCACUCACACAGGCCCUAUGCAGCCAGUUCGCGAGUAGCUCCAAGCUUCAAGACGCCAUCAUCGGCCUCAACACGCUGUACUUGUUGCUGUGCGGGGCGCUGGUGUUCGUGAUGCAUGCGGGCUUCGCGAUGUUGUGUGCGGGGGCCAUAAGAUCCAAAAACACAAUGAAUAUUCUGUUGCAGACCGUUAUGGACGCCGCCGUGUCAGCCAUCGCCUUCUACGUACUGGGGUACGGCUUCGCGUACGGCGUGGGAGAUAAACCGAACGGCUUCAUCGGUGAUGCGUUGUACGGCCUGUCGCGUUGGAGGUCCCACAACUAUGAUCUGGCGACUGGCAUGGGCGGCGAUACGGGACUGGGCUGGCAGAGCUGGUUCUUCCAAUGGGCAUUUGCCGCCACCGCCACCACCAUCCCCGCCGGGGCGGUGGCGGAAAGACUCAACUUCAAUGCUUACUUGGUUUACUCAGCCUUCAUCUCCGCCUUCGUAUAUCCUGUGGUCGUACACUGGGUUUGGAGCACGGAGGGCUGGCUGGGUUAUGUACGACGGGCACCGUACGGCCGCCUUUUCGGUUCGGGCAUGAUCGAUUUUGCUGGCAGUGGUGUCGUACACAUGACGGGGGGGCUGGCGGGUCUCGCCGGCUGUGUACUGUUGGGACCCCGCAUGGGCCGAUUCGACAGCAGCGGUCGACCCGUGGAGAUGCCAGGUCACUCAGCCUCUUUGGUGGUGCUGGGGACGGUGCUGCUGUGGUUCGGUUGGUACGGCUUCAACCCGGGGUCCCAGCUACUCAUCAACAGUCUCGCCAACGCGGCGGUGGUUGGGCGGGCGGCCGUCACCACCACCUUGUCAGGGGCGGCUGGCUGCCUGACCUGUCUGGGAGUGGCCUUCACACGCCAUAAAGCCUGGGACCUGGUCGCCGGCUGUAACGGCGCGCUGGUGGGUUUCGUAACGGUCACCGCGGGGGCCCACGUCCUGGAGCCCUGGGCCGCCCUCAUCGCCGGGUCGACCGGGGCGCUGGUGUUUGAGAUGGGCUGUGCGCUGUUGCUGAAGCUGAAGGUGGACGACCCGCUGGCAGCCGCGCCCAUGCACGCCGCGGGGGGCGCCUGGGGGGUGGUCUUCGUGGGCCUCCUGGCCAAGAAGCAGUACAUCUGCGAGUCGUACGGCAAGGACUGCACCGAACCGGGAUCUGGUGUCGUACCGCACGGACUGUUUUAUGGUGGCGGCGGCCGGCUGUUGGCAUCACAGGUCAUCGGCGUCAUCAGCAUCUUCGCUUGGGUGUAUGGCCUGCUGACGCUGCUAUUUGCCGUGCUCAAUGCCAUUAACUUGCUUCGCAUCAGUGCUCAGGAGGAGCAGGCAGGGCUGGACCUGUCCAAGCACGGUGGCUCCGCCUACUAUUACGACCACGGCCUAGGAAAGCCGGAGAAGGCGCCCACCGCCGCAGAAUCGGUCCUCACACCCUCACCGCCCAGCACCUCCAUCUAG